GGAGCCCAGUGCAUGCCGGGCUAGCGGCGGGCGGUGCUUGGGCUUCAAUCAUGGUGGCCGCUGUGGUGUCCUGCUUCUGGCUCUGGGCUUUGCUGCUAGUCCCUGCGGCCGCGGUCUACGAAGACCAAGUGGGCAAGUUUGACUGGAGACAGCAGUAUGUGGGGAAGCUCAAGUUUGCCUCCUUGGACUUUCCCCCUGGAUCCAAGAAGUUGGUUGUGGCCACAGAGAAGAAUGUGAUUGCAGCGUUAAAUUCUCGGACGGGAGAUAUCUUGUGGCGGCAUGUUGACAAGGGCACAGCAGAAGGGGCUGUGGAUGUCAUGUUGGUCCACGGACAAGAUGCAAUCACUGUAUCCAAUGGAGGGCGCAUCAUGCGUUCUUGGGAGACUAACAUCGGGGGCCUGAACUGGGAGAUAACUCUGGACACUGGCAGUUUCCAGGCACUUGGGCUGGUGGGCCUACAGGAGUCAGUGAGGUACAUUGCAGUUCUGAAGAAGACCACUCUCACCCUGUAUCACCUCUCCAGCGGGCACCUGAAGUGGGUGGAACAUCUUCCAGAAAGUGACAGCAUCCACUACCAGAUGGUAUAUUCCUACGGCUCCGGGGUGGUGUGGGCCCUUGGCAUCGUUCCUUUCAGCCAUGUGAACAUCGUCAAGUUUAACGUGGAGGAUGGAGAGAUCGUUCAGCAGGUCAGGGUUUGGACUCCCUGGCUACAGCAUCUCACUGGGUCCUGUGGUGUGGUAGAUGAGGCUGUCCUGGUAUGCGCUGACCCCAGCUCACAUUCCCUCCACACUCUGGCCCUGGAGACGGAGUGGGAACUGCGGCAGAUCCCCCUGCAGUCUGACUUAGAAUUUGGAAGUGGAUUCCAGCCCCAAGUUCUGCCCACACAGCCCAGCCCAGUGGCUCCUUCUCGGGCCCAGUUCUUUCUGCAGUUGUCCCCGGACCACUAUGCUCUGCUGCACUACCACCACGGUGCUGUGACUCUGCUAAAAAACUUCCCGCAGGCCACUCUCGUCAGCUUUGCCACCACCGGGGAGAAGACAGUGGCUGCAAUCAUGACCUGUCGCACUGAAGUGCAAAAACCUGGCAGUGCUGGAGAUGGGUCUGCGGCGAGCCUUCCUGAGACUUCUAGUACACAGGACCCUUUGGCUUGCUUCAACCAGACAUACACCAUUAACCUGUACUUAGUGGAGACAGGUCGGCGGCUGCUAGACACUGCCAUCUCCUUCAGCCUGGAGCAGAAGGGCACUCGCCCUGAGCGGCUGUAUAUCCAGGUGUUCUUGAAGAAGGAUGACUCGGUGGGCUACCGGGCGUUGGUACAGACACAGGACCACUUGCUGCUGUUUCUGCAGCAGCUAGCUGGGAAGGUGGUGUUGUGGAGCCGAGAGGAGUCCCUGGCAGAAGUGGUGUGCUUGGAGAUGGUGGACCUCCCUCUGACUGGGGCACAGGCUGAACUGGAAGGAGAAUUUGGCAAGAAGGCAGCGAUACAAGACGGCUUGCUGGGAAUGUUCCUGAAACGCCUGUCUUCUCAGCUCAUCCUGCUCCAGGCCUGGACUUCCCACCUCUGGAAAAUGUUCUAUGAUGCUCGGAAGCCCCGAAGCCAGAUUAAGAAUGAGAUCAACAUCGACACAUUGGCCAGAGAUGAAUUCAAUCUGCAGAAGAUGAUGGUGAUGGUAACAGCCUCAGGCAAGCUCUUUGGCAUCGAGAGCAGCUCUGGCACCAUCCUGUGGAAACAGUAUCUGCCUAAUGUUAAGCCAGACUCCUCCUUUAAACUGAUGGUCCAGAGGACUACUGCUCACUUCCCCCACCCCCCUCAGUGCACGCUGCUGGUGAAGGACAAGGAAACAGGAAUGAGCUCUCUGUUUGUCUUCAACCCCAUUUUUGGCAAGUGGAGCCAGGUAGCUCCCCCAGUGCUGAAGCGCCCCAUCUUGCAGUCCUUGCUUCUCCCAGUUAUGGAUCAGGACUAUGCCAAGGUGUUGCUGUUGGUGGAUGAUGAGAACAAGGUCACAGCCUUCCCAGCUACUCGGAAUGUCUUGCGACAGCUGCAUGAACUUGCCCCCUCCAUCUUCUUCUACUUGGUGGAUGCGGAGCAGGGGCGACUCAGUGGAUACCGGCUUCGGAAGGAUCUCUCUACGGAACUGAGCUGGGAGCUGACUAUUCCCCCAGAAGUGCAGCGGGUCGUCAAGGUGAAAGGGAAGCGUAGCAGCGAGCACGUGCACUCCCAGGGCCGGGUGAUGGGGGACCGAAGUGUUCUCUACAAGAGUCUGAACCCCAACCUGCUGGCUGUGGUGACAGAGAGCACCGAUGUCCACCAUGAGCGUACCUUCAUUGGCAUCUUCCUCAUUGAUGGUGUCACUGGCCGCAUUAUCCACUCUUCUGUACAGAAGAAGGCCAGGGGCCCUGUCCAUCUCGUCCAUUCAGAGAACUGGGUGGUGUACCAGUACUGGAACUCAAAGGCUCGGCGCAAUGAGCUGACAGCCCUGGAACUCUACGAGGGCACUGAGCAGUACAAUGCCACUGCCUUCAGCUCCCUAGACCGUCCGCAGCUGCCCCAGGUCCUCCAGCAGUCCUACAUCUUCCCCUCCUCCAUCAGGGCCAUGGAAGCUACCAUCACCGAGCGGGGCAUCACCAGCCGCCACUUGCUCAUUGGGCUGCCUUCUGGAGCAAUCCUUUCCCUCCCCAAGGCCUUGCUGGAUCCCCGGCGCCCUGAGAUCCCAACAGAACAAAGCAGAGAGGAGAACCUGAUCCCGUAUUCUCCAGACGUCCAGGUCCAUGCAGAGCGAUUCAUCAACUAUAACCAGACAGUCUCUCGAAUGCGAGGCAUCUACACAGCACCCUCAGGCCUGGAGUCCACUUGUUUGGUCGUGGCCUACGGUUUGGACAUCUACCAAACUCGAGUUUACCCGUCCAAGCAGUUUGAUGUCCUGAAAGACGACUAUGACUAUGUGCUAAUCAGCAGUGUCCUUUUUGGCCUGGUUUUUGCCACCAUGAUCACAAAAAGGUUGGCACAGGUGAAACUCCUCAAUCGAGCCUGGCGGUAAAAUGGAAGCAUCGCACCAGAGUGGAGUGUCGGGGAAACAUGUCACCUAAGGAGCUGUGGCUGUGGAUUGGUGGAUCAGUGAAGCUGGGUUCUCAUCUCACUUGAGUCUGGGCGAAGAAGAUAGGCCUUCAUAUCGAACUGCUUUGGUAAAACAGUGCCAGCACAGUCCUUGUGGGAUGGACACCCACCUCAGCGAGGAUCUUAAUGACUCGGAUCCACUGCUCUGUUUGCUUUGUGCCCGUCCAUGGAUGUUCUGGGGGUUUUUGAUUUUGUUUUUUCUUUUUACAGGACCUCUGGUUUUUCUCUUCUGAGGAUGUUUAAAUUGACUUUAGUUAGCCUUCUGUGUCUCUGGUCUUACUAGAAAUUCUCUGACAACUUGCUUUCUGCCUCUUGUUUCCAAGCCUGCUGGGUCAGCUUUGCCUUGAAAGUGCACUUGGCCUGACCCUGAUGGGAGUGACUGCGGGGCCAUUCUUAGUUGAGGUCUGCGGACUUCUCUCUGAAGUAAUGGAAGUUGAGGGGUCCAUACAAAGAGUCAGGACUGAUUUUAUCUAAGCUUUUCAAUCCAUACUGCCAUUUGUAUGAUUGGGCUACUGUUUGUUUCAGCCUAUCAAAGCAAAGUACCUAAUAGCAUUUUGAUUUUUCACCCAUAGCCUAUGCUUUCCCCCUGAGCUGUAGCAGGCUAAAGACUUUAUUCCUUUACAUUAAAAAAAAAAGAUAUAUAUAUAUAUAUAAUUGGUUUUUUGAGGCAGGAUUUCUCUGUGUAGCCCUGGCCAUCCUGGAACUUUUUGUUAAAAAAAAAAAACCACCUUAUUUAUUCUUAAUUUAGGUUUGUUUUGUUUUGUUUUGAGGCAGAGUUUUGCUCUGUAGCUCAGGCUGGCCUUAAACUUGCAAUCCUCCUGUCCCAGCCUCCCAUUUGUUGGUAUUAUACGUGUAUGCCAUCACACUUGGCAAUGAGUAAGUUUUAAAUCUCUGUAUGGCAUUAGGGUUAGAACCCUUUCCUGCCAGGCAUGUUCUCUGCACUGAACUCUACAUAAAAGAAGCCAAGAGGGCUGUUAUUUUUCUUAAGCAGUUUAAAAAUCUUACUAAUUAAAAAAAAAAAAAUUGGGGGGCGGGGCUGCAAGGAGGAAGGUGGGACUCACACCCAGGGCCCCAUGUGUGUUAGUGCACACUCUCCUUCUAUUACUACUGAGCCACAGCCCCAACACACCUAACCAUCUCACUUAUUUUAUUUUAUCUGAGUCAAGGUCUCACUGUGUAGCCCUGGCUGUCCUGGAACUAGCUAUGUAGACCAGGACUGGGCUUCUGUGUGUGGUGGUGGUGGGGUAUGCACUUCUGUCGGGGCUUCUGUGUGUGUGUGUGUGUGUGAGAGAGAGAGAGAGAGAGAGAGAGAGAGAGAGAGAGAGUAUAUGUGUUCACUCCUGUUUGGGUGUGUGUGUACUCCUGUCUGGACUUCUUUGUGGGGUGUGUGUGCACUCAUAGCUGGAUUGGUUUCUCUGUGGGGGGUUGUGCAUGUGUACACUUCUGUCUGAGUUUCUCUGUGAAGUGUGUGGGUGCACUCCUUGUUGGACUUCUGUGUGCCACACAGAAAGAAUCCUAAGUUUUACUUUGCUUGUGGACUUGGGGACUGAUUGUUCGUUGAGAAGAAGGGAAAGCACUGAGUUGACCACAGCCCCUGGAAUAAAGCUAAUGAUUAGCGGU